CUCUCUCAAACACAGUCGAUUUUCGUUCCCUAGAGAAAUUACAUAAACUAAGUACUUAGCUAUCUAGAGCUCCCCUUAAAGGUCCAAAAAUGGCUUCUCUCACCUUUACAUUUUCCUCCAAACUUUUUCUGUUUAUGAUUCUUUGUCUCUCAUCCAACCAAUUCUCUUUCGUUGCACCCUCCCAGUUCGAAGUCGGCGGCGAUCAUGGCUGGGUUGUUCCCAAGUCUAAGAAUGAUCAACUGUACAACCAGUGGGCUUCUGAAAACAGGUUCAAAGUUGAUGACACUGUCUAUUUCAAGUACAAGAAAGACUCAGUUUUGGUGGUGAGUGAGGAGGAGUACGAGAAAUGCCACUCGGCUCAUCCCCUGUUCUUCUCCAACAAUGGUGACAGUGUCUUCAAACUGGACAGACCGGGAUUGUUCUAUUUCAUCAGUGGGGUUUCUGGACACUGCGAGAGAGGGCAGAAGAUGAUCAUCAAAGUUUUGGAGCCUGCACAUCCUCCUGAUCAAUCUGCAAACGACAACACGACAACAGAUGUUCCAACCCAAAACAAUGCUGCUGCAGUAGUAUUUGAUCAGAAUAUGAAUGCCAUUUCUUCUCCAAUAAUCUUGUCCUCCAUGGUGUCGUUCUUUGGGCUCCUUUUCGUCUGAAUUCAUAUAUAUGCAAUGCUGAUUCUUAGUGGUUGUCUCAUUGUUUUCGGUUUUAGAAUGGUGAGUAAGAUCAUGAAGAGACUCAUGAAUUUAGUCAUUAGGAGAUUGUUUUUAUCCUAAAAUUUGGAUUAUUAUUACUUUCAUAUGAGGGAUUUGAUUUUGCAUAUUAAUCGUAAUUAUGAUCUGUUCUUGGUGA